AUGAGGAUGAGUUGUAAUGGAUGCCGAGUUCUUCGCAAAGGCUGCAAUGAAAACUGUAGUAUUCGCCCUUGUCUUCACUGGAUCAAAAGUCCUGAAUCCCAAGCCAAUGCCACCGUUUUUCUAGCCAAAUUCUACGGUCGUGCCGGUCUCAUGAACCUCAUCAACGCCGGCCCUGACCACCUUCGCCCGGCGGUUUUCAGAUCGUUGCUUUACGAGGCUUGUGGGAGAAUUGUGAAUCCGAUUUAUGGUUCGGUUGGUUUGUUGUGGUCGGGAAACUGGGCUCUUUGUCAAACUGCUGUUGAAGCGGUUUUAGAAGGAGUUCCGAUUACCCAAUUUGCAUCUGAAUCGGAUGAGGCGAAUAAUGGACCGCCUUUGAAGGCGUACGAUAUUCGCCACGUGUCCAAAGAUGAAAAUUUGGGUAAUGAUCAUCUUCAUCGUGUUCGGGAUCGAUGCCAAUUUAAGAAGUCCGGCGGUUCGAGGGUGAAUGAGUUAGGAAAGAAGAAAAGGUCAACGAGUCAUGAGUCGUCUCUGAGUCAUCAGUCCGAAGUAGAGAUUCAAGAAGAUUUCCUACUCGAAGAGAGCUUGGUUUUUCAUCCGCCCCCGGCGGUGAAUCAGUCGGCGAUUAAAGCCGUCGGUACUCCUCAUGUGGAAGAAGGACUUAAGGAAGACUUUGUAGAGCUGGGACUGACUCUUGGCUUCAACUUCCAAUCUGCGCAUGACGUCAGCCCUAAGAAGGAUUUGCCGCCGCGAGGUGUAUGGAAUUCAAUAUCGGACGUCGGCGGCGAAUCAUGCAGGACCAAGUUGGGGCUUUGAGCCGUCGGAAUCAUGAUGUCAUGUUUGCUGUCUGGCUAGGGUUACGUUUUCUUUUUGACUUAUCCAAGUUU